AUGUACGAAUUUCCUUAUUCUGGUUAUCAUACAUCUUCAACACCAUAUUCAAAUUACAAUACCAAUCCAUUAUUACCAAAUUAUACGUCACCAAUAGAUAAUUUAUCUCCAGCUAUUACCAUGCAUUGUACACCAUCAAUCACUUCUACCCCACAUAGAAAUCCUAUCGUCCUCCAAGUUUCAAGUGAUGUAUCACUUAACACAAUUUUAAGACAACUUGGUGUGGAUGUUAACUCCUUACAGCGAUCUUCAUGUUAUAAUAAUUAUUAUACACCACCUGUAACAGAAGUCAUUCUUCCACCACGAUCAGAUCAUCAUCGACAAUUAAUUUGUCAUGAUACUUCAGAUUCAGACAGUGAUUAUUAUCAAAGACGUUCAGCACGAUCGGAUCGUCAUCAAAGAUUAAUUUGUCACGAAGCUCCAGAUUUAGAGCGUGAUUAUCAUCAAAGACGUCCUUUCCGACCACGACGUCAUCGACGAAUAGUUUGUCGUAACGAUUCAACUUCAGACAGUGAUGAUUAUAAAAGACAUUCAUCCCGUCAUCGUCGUCGGCAACAUCAAAAACAACAUCAUUCUAGUUCUGAUUGGAAUCGAGAACAACAAUCCCCUCCUCAUCUUCACAGUUUAUUAGGCAAUGUUUGGCAACGAAUGGCGGGAGCGGGAGCUCCAGAUAACUUGUCUCUACCGCAGUCACAGUCUAAUAUUAACCAACAAUGGCAAGCAAUGUUAAGAAAUUCUCCUCAAUCUCAGUCUCCUUCUAUUCAAAAUGCUUGGCGAGCAAUGCAAACUAUGCCUUCACCAGGGAAUGCACCAGCAGCAAAUACAUCUAAUCAAAGCUCUGGUGGUCUUGCUAGUUUGUUUGGUAGAAUGGGUGGAGCUGGUGGUAAUAUGAAUCCACCACCACCACCACAGCAACAAUACCAAGCAUCUGUGCCAAAUUUUCCUGCUCCACAUAAUGUAUCAACUGCAACUAAUCAACCGAAUUCUGCCGUAGCAAGUAUGUGGGGUCAAAUGGGUAAUCCAUCACAACAAGGCCCUCCACCUUCUGCAAUUAAUUCUCUUUGGAGUCAAAUGGCAUCAGGGUCUGCUCCAAUGAAUCCUGGUGGAAAUCAAAUGUCACCACCACCACCACCACCACCUCCUCCAAUGAAUUCUCUUUGGAGUCAAAUGGCAUCAGCGCCUCCUCCAACGAAUCCUGCUGGAAAUCAAAUGUCGCAGCCAUCUUCUGGAGUGAACUCUCUUUGGAAUCAAAUGGCAGCAGCGCCACCUCCAACGAAUCCUGCUGGAAAUCAAACGUCGCAGCCACCUUCUGGAGUGGCCUCUUUUUGGAGUAAAAUGACAGGUGGAUAA